CUCCCCUAGCAGCGGUCCAGGGAGCUGCGUGUGAAUUCGGCGGUGCGGUAGGACACCGAAAGCGGAGCCGGCAGCAUGGACUUUGUCAUGAAACAGGCCCUUGGAGGGGCCACCAAGGACAUGGGGAAGAUGCUGGGGGGCGAGGAGGAGAAGGACCCGGAUGCUCAGAAGAAGGAGGAGGAGCGGCAGGAGGCGCUGCGGCAGCAGGAGGAGGAGCGCAAAGCCAAGCAUGCGCGCAUGGAGGCGGAGCGCGAGAAGGUCCGGCAGCAGAUCCGCGACAAGUACGGGCUGAAGAAGAAGGAAGAGAAGGAGGCUGAGGAGAAGGCUGCCCUGGAACAGCCCUGCGAGGGGAGCUUGACCCGGCCCAAGAAGGCCAUCCCUGCGGGCUGCGGGGAUGAAGAGGAGGAGGAGGAGGAGAGCAUCCUGGACACGGUGCUCAAAUACCUGCCCGGGCCACUGCAGGACAUGUUCAAGAAGUAGCCGGCCCUGCUGACCCACCCCACUCCACGCGAUACUAUUUUUUUUUUCUUUUGGUCGUUGUUUUUUUCUUUUACUCAGUUAAGUCUCAGUUCUGAAGGGGAAAACCUCAGUUGGCCUCUGCCCCCCUCCCCCAGGCCAGGGGCUGCUCCCCCUCAGCACCUGCCCCCGUUACAAUUCCUUCAACCCAGGGUCUCAGCUCCACCCUUCCCUCGCAGCAUGAAAAAAAAAAAAAA